CGAUACUGUCGCAAGGAGGUAACGACGGGUAUAUUAGACUAGGUAGUCUAGUGCAAAAUUAUUUGCAUGAUAUUCCUCUCCUCUAUUCCCCCGAUAUAGUGCCCAGACCAUGGAGACAAGGAAAAAAAGAAAGAUUGGUAACCCCAGUGCCAGCGCGAGCCCGGGCGCACCAGUCAUGAGUGCGUUUGCAUUGCGCCAACAGCUCCUCAAGUCCCAAAACCCUCCGUCCUCCUCGCCUUCAGAGACAAAAGGAGCCGCAGCCACCAAGGUCAGCAACAUCAAGGAUGCUGCAAACCCAGAAGCUGUUCUUGUAGAGUCUGAGAGUGCACCAGAAACGCCUGCAAGUCUCGUGCCAUCGCCGGCCACUUUUCGCGCGAGCCCAGAAACUGAAAAAGUAGAUGAGCCAGAAUCAUCUACAAGAGUGGUGUUUUUCUCGAGUUUCAAGGCGAGCAAACAGAAUUUCCAGAAGAAACCCAACGGCAUUUCUGUCCUCAGACUGUCCGAAGGCGAACGUCUCGUAAUACUCGGAAGCUAUGGUCUCACGGUAAAAAAUGGCCUGAUAAGUAUUGCUGGCGCAACAUUAAAAGCGCGCAGCGGCGCCACAUGGAUUCACUCACCUCAUUGCCAUGCACUUCCUGUAAUCCGGUGCUCGGAAGAUGCCACCCUUGAGCUUCGCUCCCACCCGGCCGCUAGUAGUCUGAGAGAUCUAGCCAGGCUCUCUCCCAAGUUCGAGAAGUUGUGGAACGAUGCGGCUGCGGAAGAGUCGCUGAAGCCUAAGGGUUCUACGUGGCCUUCAUAUACCAUAUUAUACACGAACGAAGAUGGCCCGAAGGCAGCUCCUCUUCAAGAACUUGCAUCCUUGGCAGAAUGGAACAAGAAACUCGCUUCGUUAGCGGCCGCUUCCAGGAAAUCAGAAUCAAUGACUAUUCUUGUCUGUGGCCCAAAGUCUUCUGGCAAGUCUACCUUUGGCAGGCUACUUGCGAACCGUCUUGUCACAGAAACAAAAAGACGGAACGACCAGCCACAGCCCGGCGUUGCAAUCCUUGACAUUGACCCAGGGCAGCCCGAAUUUGGAGCCCCAGGGAUUUUAUCGCUAGUCUAUGUCGAAUCCCCGAACCUCCAACCUCCGUUCUGUCACCCCUGUCUCUCAACAACAGGACGCAGUCGAAUACUACGGAGCCAUUCAAUAGCAGCAAUUUCGCCCAUCACAAACCCUGAUCACUACACUGAAUGUGUCCUCGACCUUUAUGCAACAUACGCAACCAAACUUCGCCAAAAGUGUCCUUUAGUCAUAAACACGUGUGGAUGGGUUCAGGGUACCGGACUAAACAUCAUCACCGAGCUCAUUGACCGAAUUCGUCCGACCGAGGUUGUUUACAUGUCGCAAGAAGGCCCCGAGGAGACCGUUGAGGCGCUCAGAGAAGCGUGUCUGAGCAAAAUGCCUCUAGUGCUCAUGCCAUCCCAAUCGAGCAAGUAUACAGCAAGGACAGCUGCAGACUUGCGUAUAAUGCAGAUGAUGUCCUACUUUCAUGUUGACCAGCCAGCGUCUGACCCAGAGUAUCUUCAGUGGAACACAAACCCAUUGGCAUCCAUUACGCCUUGGGCUGUGAAAUACGGUGCUCAGGAUCGUGCCAUUCUUGGAAUCAUGUGUUACGACUAUGAGCCAACACCAGACAUGCUGGCUCUUCUAAUAGAUGGCAUGAUUUUAGCAAUGGUUGAGGUUGAGGAUAUGGCUGCCUUCCGAGACAUGUCAGCCACUGCUGGGCAACAUCAUGGUCACGAGAUGGACGUCGACUCUAAUCCCAACGAUGAUUCUGCCAGGGCAUACAAUAAUGUUCCGGUGAUCUGCACUCCACAGGGCUUGCCGUUUAUACAAAAUCACCGGGGAGUAACACUCGACCCUCGACAUUCUCGCACGGUCGGUCUCGCUCUUGUCAGGGGCAUUGACGAGAAAAGCCAAACACUACAACUGAUCACGCCCGUCUCGCAGGAGAGGAUCACUGAGCUCAACACUGGCAAAAAUCGGGUCGUUCUUGUCUGGGGAAGACUGGACGCUGCUCCAACCUGGUCUUAUGUUGAGGAACGCCAUAAACAAGAGGUCCAGACUAGGACAAAACAGUCCACUGCUGAUGAUGUUGCGCUGGAAGAAAGUGGACCGGGACGCCCAGGUAGCACUGGUGAUAACUUGCCCUGGGUUGAGGAAUUGCAAGCAAAUCAGAAAAGAGCAGCCGGCCAUAAGGCACUCAGGGUACGAAGGGAUCUUGGUCGUGCUAAGGGCACAGACUAAGCGAAUUGUUCGUAAAACUGCAUAAAUGCUUCUUGGCAACGUUAUCCAUUUGGACCUGGAAAGUUGUAAGAAAAUAAAAAUAAAAAGUGGGAACCCUGUUCUAAUUGGAAAAGGAAAUACCACUAUAGAGCUAACAAAGCUACUUGUCAUCUUCCAAAAUACCAGACUCUGGACUUGAUAAAGUUAAGUAGGGGGCCGGAGCCCCGCGCCUCGUGUCUGGACUGGACCAAUCACUGACUCAG